UGAGGAUCACCUCCCCUUCUGCAAAUUCGAUGACACAAAGUACCUCGAGCACCACUGAGCGAACUCUCCGAUUGAUUUUGUACGACCAGAAGCUUGCAAGCUGAGGAGCAUCCACCUGGAUUUCUAACUUCUAACCGCCGAUCAAGGUAGUGGCUGCGACUGUUCACAACUCCGGUAAAUCGACUUGUGCGAUAGCUCCUGGGAAUAUUCACGAAUCUCUAGUGGCGUCUGGAUUUAUUUUCACGUCGUGUCACGUGGAGUCGCAUUUGCAGGUGUGAAUAUUUGUGAAUUACGAGAUUACGCGCUCUUUCUGUGGUAGUAAACAACCUUCGCUCUCCGAACCUAUCAACCCCGCCUCAACAAUAGUCAUGAGCCCUGUGUCGAAACGAAAACGCAAUGAGGUUGGCAGAGAAGAUAUCUCGACUCCUGCAGCACAACUAGCCAAGGAGAGCCAACGUCCUCCAAGUCCGCCCUCGACUGGCGCGGAAUGUCCGUUUACGAUCGAGUACCCAACUUCCGCACAAUCUCGAAAGGCGAAGAGGCGAAAGGGAGUAGGUGGAAGUGCGGAUGAUGAAGACCUUGUGGCGCCGAAACUUGAGCAUGUGGAAGAUUUGAAGGGAUUGGACAUAACAUAUACAAUCAGACCUCGAACGCUAUGGGAAGAUACGAAGAAGUAUCGCAACUUUGUUGUCGGAGAUGAAACAUUUCGUAUUAACGAUUUCAUCUACAUCAACCACUCCAAUAUCGCCCACGGAGCGACCUUGAAGAACACUGACGAAAGACAGUUCUGGGUGGCGCGUGUGCUUGAAGUUCGUGCCAAAGACCAACAACACGUGUAUCUUCGUGUCUUCUGGGCUUAUUGGCCAGAUGAACUCCCAGGCGGCGCCCAGGAAUACCAUGGAAAACACGAACUUGUGGUUAGCAAUCACAUGGAGAUUAUCGACGCUAUGACAGUGGCGGGGAAAGCUCCCGUGGUGCACUGGAAGGAAAGUGACGAAAAGGAGGACUUGGAGGGUCUUUACUGGAGACAAACAUUCAAUGUCUCGACAAACAGAUUAUCUCAUGUGCGAAAGCAUUGCAUAUGUCACCAGCCAUACAAUCCGGAUCACACCUUGAUAGGUUGCACAAACGCACUAUGCAAGAUUUGGCUUCACGACGAGUGCGUCAUACGGGACGCGUUGCAGAAAACGUAUAAUCGAAAGAAGGAUGACGGUUUAGAUAGCCAGGAGAAGGAGCCAGAAAUAGAAAAGCCCACAACCAACGGAAAGGGCAGACGGAAACAAAGGGGGAAAACAAAAAAAGAUCCACAAUCCAAGGAUCCAUGGGACGGUUUGUUCUCGGCUGAGAUUGAGCUGAAACGGCUUAAAGAGGAAGACGCGAAUAGCGAAGCAGAAACCGAUGGGGAUGGCGACAGCGAGGAACAGCCUGCUUGGAUUGUCAUUACCGAUCAUCGAGACAAGGACAAAGAACCGAGCGUUUGGAAAGAGUCGAUUAUUUGCCUGGCUUGCAAGAAUGCCAUCAAAUAAAAUUACAUACGUCUACGGUCUUGCUCCCUUUACAACCAGCCAUCGACAUAUCUGGAGCUGAAAGGGCUACAAGACCAUACUUAUCUUUCUAUUGUU